CACCGAAGAAGAAGUAGUAGUAGUAGGUGGCGAUAAUGCAACAUUUAUUGGAUGCCAACCGCUGUUAAACUUCAUCGAAGAAGAAGUGAGGUAUCGCUUGAAAGCUGUCAAAAGGGAAAGAGGCGAAAAGACGUCAACAAAACGAUAUAGCCACUUCACUCUGUUGAUCUUGGACAAGCAUAGAGGAAUGGGCUGUGGUCCCAUUAUAGUUGGAUCUACCCCUACUAGUCCUGAGACCACACAAGAAGCCCAGCCCCAGGCCAGGCCCGAAACAUGAGAUCUUUAACCGCUAAGUAAAGAAUGAGGCCUCAGCAACCCCACCCCAGAAACACCAUCACCACUACGACUAACAUAGUCUGUCACACACCUAUUACAACUUAACCCUCAACACAUUCCCCCUGCCCCAGGACCAGCUCUUGUAUCCCCUUCCCUUCCUCACCCAACCCCCUACCACCCCCAACCCAAUACACCCCACAGAGCAGUUUAGCCCACCUCGAGACUUGAGUCACCAGCCAAUCAGCUCCUAGUAGGCCUUGUGCGCCUCCAUCGGCGGCCUUCCCCGGCGGUGUGUUGGUGUGCGAUGGCGCGGCGGGACGCUGAGGGCUGCCGCCGGGGAUUGUGAUGUCAGAGCCCACCAGCCCGGGCGAGAGCCAGCGCGGCGCUCCCAGAUUCUUCGUGGGCUGCGAGGACGAUGAGAGCGAGGGCCUGGAGGACUACGACGGCUGCAGCAUGAGGACCGACAUGGAGCUGUACGAGGACGACGAGGACACAGACUCGCCUCCGGAGCGACAGAUCGUGGUGGGCAUCUGUUCCAUGAUGAAGAAGUCCAAGUCAAAGCCCAUGACCCAGAUUCUGGAGCGUCUGUGCAGGUUUGAGUACAUCACUGUGGUCAUCUUCCCUGAGGACGUCAUUCUCAACGAGCCCGUGGACAAAUGGCCCCUGUGUGACUGCCUCGUCUCCUUCCACUCCAAAGGAUUCCCGCUGGACAAGGCAGUGAGCUACGCCAAUCUCCGAAACCCACUGCUCAUCAAUGACCUGAACACACAGUACUACAUACAGGACAGGAGGGAGGUAUAUCGUAUCCUGCAGCAGGAAGGCAUCGAUCUGCCACGCUACGCUGUGCUGAACCGCGACCCAGAUAAACCAGACGAGUGUAACCUGGUCGAGGGAGAAGACCAUGUGGAGGUGAAUGGGGAGGUGUUCCCUAAACCCUUUGUGGAGAAACCCGUCUGUGCUGAAGACCACAACGUCUACAUCUACUACCCCACCUCAGCGGGAGGGGGAAGCCAGCGCCUCUUCAGAAAGAUCGGGAGCCGGAGCAGUGUGUACUCACCAGAGAGCAACGUGAGGAAGACUGGCUCCUACAUCUACGAAGAGUUCAUGCCAACGGACGGGACGGACGUUAAGGUGUAUACGGUGGGGCCUGACUAUGCCCACGCUGAGGCCAGGAAGUCUCCUGCCCUGGACGGGAAGGUGGAGAGAGACAGCGAGGGGAAGGAGAUCCGCUACCCCGUCAUGCUCACCGCCAUGGAGAAACUAGUGGCCCGCAAGGUCUGCCUGGCAUUCAAGCAAACAGUGUGUGGCUUUGACCUUCUCCGAGCCAACGGUCACUCCUACGUCUGUGACGUCAACGGCUUCAGCUUCGUCAAGAACUCCAUGAAGUACUACGACGACUGUGCCAAGAUCCUGGGUAAUAUAGUGAUGAGGGAGCUAGCUCCUCAGUUCCACAUCCCCUGGUCCAUCCCCACUGAGGCUGAGGACAUCCCCAUCGUCCCAACCACAUCUGGCACCAUGAUGGAGUUACGCUGUGUCAUCGCAAUAAUCCGCCACGGAGACCGAACUCCUAAGCAAAAGAUGAAGAUGGAAGUGCGGAAUCCCAUGUUUUUUGAAUUGUUUGACAAAUACGGGGGUUACAAGACAGGGAAAUUGAAGCUGAAGAAGCCAAAACAACUGCAGGAGGUACUGGACAUAGCUCGGCAACUGUUGCUAGAACUGGGUGAUGGAAGAGAAGACUGCGAGAUCGAAGAGAAGAAAUCCAAGCUGGAGCAGCUGAAGACCGUUCUGGAGAUGUAUGGCCACUUUUCUGGGAUCAACAGAAAAGUGCAGAUCACCUACCUGCCCCACGGGCAGCCCAAAACAUCCAGCGAGGAGGAAGACACACGUAAGGAGUGCCCUUCUCUGCUGCUGGUGUUGAAGUGGGGAGGGGAGCUGACCCCAGCAGGCAGGGUACAGGCUGAAGAGCUGGGCAGGGCCUUCCGCUGCAUGUACCCCGGAGGACAAGGAGACUAUGCUGGGUUCCCUGGCUGCGGGUUGCUACGGUUACACAGCACGUACCGACACGACCUCAAGAUCUAUGCGUCUGACGAGGGCCGAGUGCAGAUGACUGCCGCAGCUUUCGCCAAGGGUCUGCUGGCGUUAGAGGGAGAGUUGACGCCCAUCCUUGUGCAGAUGGUGAAGAGUGCCAACAUGAACGGCCUGCUGGACAACGACAGUGACUCGCUUAGCGGCUGCCAGCACCGCGUCAAGGCCCGUCUCCACGAGAUCAUGCAGAAAGACCAGGAGUUCACAGAGGAGGACUACGAUAGGCUGGCCCCUACAGGUGCAUCCUCUGUGGUUAACUCUAUGAGAAUUGUGGAGAACCCUGUGAUGACAUGUGACCAGGUCUACACACUCAUCCAGAGUCUCACCUCCCAGAUACGCAAGAGACUAGAGGACCCCAAAUCUGCAGACCUGCAGCUGUACCACAGUGAGACUCUGGAGCUGAUGCUCCAACGCUGGUCCAAGCUGGAGCGGGACUUCCGGAUGAAGAGCGGCCGCUACGACAUCAGCAAGAUCCCGGAUAUCUAUGACUGCGUGAAGUACGACGUGCAGCACAACGCCACGCUGGGCCUGGAGGACACACUGGAGCUGUUCAGGCUGUCCCGAGCCCUCGCCGACAUCAUCAUACCACAGGAAUACGGCAUUAACAAAGUGGAGAAGCUGGACAUAGCGUACGCCUACUGCCUACCUCUGGUCAAGAAGAUCCAGCUGGACCUCCAGAGGACCCACGAGGAUGAGUCAGUCAACAAACUCCAUCCACUGUACUCUCGAGGAGUGAUGUCACCAGGUCGCCACGUGCGGACACGUCUGUACUUCACCAGCGAGAGUCACGUCCAUUCUCUACUCAGCACCUUCCGCUACGGAGGCCUGCUCGACGAGGAGAAGGAUCAGCAGUGGAAGCGGGCGAUGGACUACCUUAGUGCCGUUUCUGAACUCAACUACAUGACCCAGAUAGUUAUCAUGCUGUAUGAGGACAACAACAAGGACCCGUCGUCAGAGGAGCGUUUCCAUGUGGAGCUUCACUUCAGCCCUGGGGUCAAAGGUUGCGAGGAGGAGGAGAAAGCACCAAUGGGCUUUGGCUUCCGUCCCGCUUCCGCAGAGAAUGAUCAGAAACAGACAGACCCUGGCAGCUUGGAGGAUCUAUCACGUGACGAGCCCGACCGGGCCCUACCACUCUCUGAGCCAAUGGGCAUCCACCGGAGAUCCCCUCUGAUUCGCAACCGCAAGACUGGGUCUAUGGAGGUCCUGUCGGAGACAUCUUCAUCCAAAGCAGGCAGCUACCGUCUCUUCCCCUCCUGCUCUCGCCAGUCCCCUGAGAUGAAGCAGAGUGGUCUAGGAUCUCAGUGUGCGGGACUCUUCAGCACCACUGUCCUGGGAGGCUCCUCUAGCGCCCCCAACCUGCAGGACUACGCACGCACACACCGGAAAAAGUUCUCCUCAGGCAACCUGUCGUAUAAAGACGAGUUGUUGUCUAUGCCGGCAGUAAAGAGAUUUUCUGUGUCGUUUGCAAAGCAUCCGACUAAUGGGACACAGGAUGACACGUGUGCUGUGGCUGUUCCCCCUCUGUGGUGGCCUGUGUCAGAGCCCUUGGAGGAGCACCACGUGGCCCAGCUGUUGAGGCGCUUCUCCACUGAUGCCAGCCUGUGCCGCCCUCUCUCUCUGGACGGGGCACUGGCCCACCACCUCAACCAGUGCUCCUACCACCUCCGCCUCUUCCGUAACUGGCUCAUCUCUGGCCAAGACCCCCUAGAGUACUUCUACGGCUUUGAAGGCUGCUCCAUGGUGCCCUCCAUCUACCCACUGGAGACGUUGCACAACUCGCUGUCCCUCAAGCAGGUGGAUGAGUUCAUCACCGCCGUGUGUGAGACUGGUGGAGAUGCCCACUCCAGGACCACAAGAGCUCUGUCGGCCAUGUUUGACUCUCAGAACCAGCCGUCGGUGGACUCCUACAUGCCUCAGAGAGUCCUUUCCUCCUCCGUAUCCCCCCGACAGCGCUCUGACAGACCUCCCUGGUACAGCAGCGGUCCAUCCAGUACAGUGUCCAGCGCUGGCCCCUCCUCCCCCACCACGGCAGACGCCUCCCCCCAUUUUAGCUUCAGCGACAAGACGCCCUUCACCCCCGAGAACAGCGAGGAGAUCCACUCCUGCCAUCACAACACAGUUCAGCAAGCCUCUACUGCUGGCCCCCAAACCCCCAAAUUCUCCAAUCCCACCAGCCCCAUGGAGGACCCGACCACCCCCUGCCAGACACCCCCAGAAGACAAUCCUGAGGCACCAGCCACCCCCAGCCACCUGCCCCUGAGUGGAAACUCUGAAUCAAGGCAGGAGGAGCCAGGCGAGUCCCCUGCUUCAACUGAGGCCACUUGCGGUGAAGUUCCAGACCUCAGCCAAUUGAGCCCGUCAUCUUCCCCCCUGGCAGACCUCUCUCUGGGCCUUUUGGAUGGAUACCUCCCCGGUUCUCUCCCGGUGCUCCUGGAGCUCAGCGAGAGCGGCAGUGAGGCAGGAUCCAGCGCACAGACGCCCCAGUCCCCAGGGGGGCCUGAUGAGUUCUUUGACACCCAGGAGACAGUGGAGAUGUGGAGGGGCAGCACGGGGAGCCUCCCCCAUCCUGGGACGUCACUGGAGGUGGGAGCCCCUCACGCGUCAGAGCCCUAGGUGGGGGCUCAGAGAACCAGAGAAGGAGCCUAGGUCUUCUAAGAGGCUAGAAGGAAGUAAGGUAGAACUUCUAGGGGGCUGGAAGGAGGCUUCCAGGAAGCCCUUCAAAAACUCUCCUCUGCCAGUUCCAUAUGGUGAACCCCCAGUGGAGCAUUCUAGUGACCUAGUCUUAGACCAAGGCCCUGUGGCUUGUAACUUAUGUCUGGUGAAUAGUGGAUCGGGCUGCUGCUUCUUAGUGCUUCUCUACCCUGGUCGUGUUCAUGAGGCACAGAAACUGAGAAAAAGGGAGAGUACUUCCUUUGACUUGUCCAUUAAGAUACGCGCAUUUUCCAUUUCCGUUACAUAAUGAACACGACCCCAGUCCCUAUCCCACAGCUGUCUGUGAACCAGCCGUUGUAGGAGAACUCAGUGUGACCAUAGAACUACCACAGAGUACAGUACAACAUCCUUAUCAUGACUGUCAUGUAUGGAUGUUUUUGUCCCUGUGUCCGAUAGAAAGCCACUUGUUCUGAAGUGAAUCUUUGUUGCUGGUGUAAACAGUCUAUAAUGGGUGACAUCUUCUAUCCACUGAACAGCCCUCAGUGUGCCCCAUCUUCUAUCCACUGAACAGCCCUCAGUGUGCCCCAUCUUCUAUCCACUGAACAGCCCUCAGUGUGCCCCAUCUUCUAUCCACUGAACAGCCCUCAGUGUGCCCCAUCUUCUAUCCACUGAACAGCCCUCAGUGUGCCCCAUCUUCUAUCCACUGAACAGCCCUCAGUGUGCCCCAUCUUCUAUCCACUGAACAGCCCUCAGUGUGCCCCAUCUUCUAUCCACUGAACAGCCCUCAGUGUGCCCCAUCUUCUAUCCACUGAACAGCCCUCAGUGUGCCCCAUCUUCUAUCCACUGAACAGCCCUCAGUGUGCACCAUCUUCUAUCCACUGAACAGCCCUCAGUGUGCACCAUCUUCUAUCCACUGAACAGCCCUCAGUGUGCCCCAUCUUCUAUCCACUGAACAGCCCUCAGUGUGCACCAUCUUCUAUCCACUGAACAGCCCUCAGUGUGCACCAUCUUCUAUCCACUGAACAGCCCUCAGUGUACACCAUCUUCUAUCCACUGAACAGCCCUCAGUGUACACCAUCUUCUAUCCACUGAACAGCCCUCAGUGUGCACCAUCUUCUAUCCACUGAACAGCCCUCAGUGUGCACCAUCUUCUAUCCACUGAACAGCCCUCAGUGUACACCAUCUUCUAUCCACUGAACAGCCCUCAGUGUACACCAUCUUCUAUCCACUGAACAGCCCUCAGUGUGCACCAUCUUCUAUCCACUGAACAGCCCUCAGUGUACACCAUCUUCUAUCCACUGAACAGCCCUCAGUGUGCACCAUCUUCUAUCCACUGAACAGCCCUCAGUGUACACCAUUGUGGAGAUCUCGCCAAAAAUAACUGAAACAACAUUUCAAUUUGACAGGUGGGCUCGCAUAUUGCAUCAUGUACAUCGCUACAUACAUACCGUUUACUAUAGCUAGAAUUGCAGCAUGUCCACCAACUCAUGGACAUUGUAAAAUAAGCUGGUUUGAGAGACAUCUCAUUUCAAGUAGUGUGAGUAAUACGUUUAUUUUUCCUGCUGGGAAAUGUACAUGUCAAAAUGUCAUCAAGUCGUUUUGAAAUGCAUUUUCAGUUGGCAACUUUAUUGCAGUAUAUUGAAAUCAUGGUCUUGUCACACAUUGAAAUGAUAAAUGCACCACAUGACUGGUCUGUGACAUUUCAUCAAACAGAAGAUGUCACCCUGUGUGUCUCCCCAGUUCUCCUAUUCUAGGCUCUCCUCUCCCUGUGAUGGUCUGUAACACCGUAAAGGUCUGUUCACUUGAUAUGCGCCACAACUGUAUUGCAUCGAGCCAACAAUAGCCACGGUAGGCUCUUUCUUGUUACUCUGUUCUUGCGCUGCACCCGACCAAGCAGCGCUCCACACCUUGUGCCAAUCAAGUGAACAGGCCUUAGAAACUCCUGACUAGCAGCUGAGGUCUUUUCUUAGGGGUAAAGAAGAUCUCCACUACAUGUGUGGUGAGAUUUAUUAUUUCCGUUUCCUCUUUUGAGAUUCAAUAUACUCAUCCGAGCCUGGUCCCCCACUGCACAGAUGUAGGAUCUUAAUUUGAACCAGUUUGCUACAGCAGGAAAAUCAUCCUGCAGGAACUGGAAAUGUAGAUUAUUAUUAAUGGACAUUUUUGUAAGGAGUCAUUUGAUACAUUUUAGGUGGAAAUCACAAACUUCAGAAUCCCUUUUAAACAUCAAAUACACUACACAAUUUACAUUUCCUGCAUUGCAGGAAAGUUCUCCUGCAACAUCGUGAUCAAAUGAAGAUCUUACAUCUAUGUGCUGUAGCUAGCUCUUCUAUUGUUGUCAAGCCAUACAUGUUGUCACGACAAUGAACGCAAACACACAGGAGUUGGCUAAAGCACAAACGGACUGGAGCACCAGGCUACUAUCCCUGUAGCCCCUAGUCACUUCCCCUAGCCCCUAGUCACUUUCCCUAGCCCCUGAAGGACCUGCAUAGGAGGGAGCAGUACUCUACUGACUGUAAAAAAUAAUCCACGUUUGAUUCGAUCACAACUUGUGCACUGCUUUUUUUUUUUGCCAAAUUCCUUAAACCUUAACUACCACUUUAAUAUAAGUAAUCAUAUAGAAACUAUAUGAGGAGAGAUCUAUAUUUAACUUUGAAUGACUCCUAGUGAGGUGAUAUUUUUAAUGCAGAGCCAUCAGAUUUAUUAACAGUUUUAACUUGUAUCAUAGCAACUGUAUAUUUUUGUAAAAGAUCACCUCAAACAUUACUGUAUUAAGCAAUCUUUUUUUUUCACUGAACAAAGGAGGUCGGGGUAUUUUUGGAUGGUUCUCUGUGGUUCCAUUGCGUUAGACAGUUUUUGUUGCAGGGCCUGUGGACUGUUAUCUGUGUGUGUGUGUGAGAGAGAGAGUAAAUGAGAUUCUGUAUUUGACUAUUGGGGUUGGUACAGUCGUAUUGUGAUGUACUGUAGAGAUGAUUAUUUCUGUCACGUAACACAAUUUCAUGUCAGUCAAAGAAUGAACAACACUGCUGCUGCAUAGAAGCAACAUUAACACUGUAAUCUGUCAUUGUUUCAGUGGACAUGUACAGAUGUGUCAAUCUAAACAAUGAAACUAUAUCUGAUUGUGUGUAAUACCUCUGGUCUGUGUCUCUGGCCUACAGUAGUGGUUAGUGUUGUCUGUUGUAAAGUGUUUGCAACUUUCAUCUGCAAUUCAGGAUGCUAAACUACACUGAAAUGCUAUAUCUGUUUGGUUUGGAAAGUGUGAUUCAUUUUGAGUCAACUUUUUGAAGGAGAUGGAAAGUGAGUAGAUAAAAUGAAAUAGCAUAAUGAAGAAUUCCCUGUUUAGCUGCUAUGCACUUCUAAACUCUUCAUGAAGGCUUUACGAAUGAAAAAUGCACUUAAAUGCUUUUGGAGCUCUCAGUGAUUUCAGCCUUUUAACUUAAAAGAUUCAGCUGAGAAAACGCACUCUGCUUUAAUUUCUAUGCUAUUUGCUGUGUGGGGUAAUCGGCUCAAUGGCUCUAUGGUUUCUACAAAUGCAGCUUUAUUUCUCUCAAUGAUGUUCUGAAUAAAAUGUCCUGUGAAAUGAUA